AUGAUUAAAAUAUCGGCUUUAAAUGAUGAGUCAGAAGAGGAAAGUGGUUCAGAAGAAGAAGCAACGAAAGAAGCUCUUGAGCAAAUCGCCCUCCAGCAAUAUGCUAAGGCACUUGACUUGCAAAGAAAGGGAAAUCUUCCAGACGCAACGCAGCUUUUAAAGGAUCUUCUUGACACAGAAUUGUUAUAUAAUGUUAAAAAGCCCGCUCCUGGUGAAAAAAUAGCCGGACCUCUAUUUAAUUUAAAAUAUCUGUGUUAUAAAAAUCUGGCUACAAUGUUGAGUGCAGCUGGUGAUGUUGAUGCUGCCAUAGAAUCUUAUAUUACCGCCUCAGAGUUAGAUGAUACAGAUGUUACUCUGUGGCAUCGCUUAGGACUUCUUUGUAUGCAAUCAAAACAUUAUGAAACGGCCCUACAUGCUUUCCAACGUGGUGUAGAUAGAAAUCCAAAACAUUGGCCAUGUAUCGAUAAAAUAAUUACUCUUCUUUUAGGUUUAGAUUAUAAAGAAGAAUGUAUAACUAGUAUUUAUGAUGCCCUCCAAUUAGAUCCUGGUUAUUUGAGAGGUUUGGUAUAUAGAAAAUAUAUUUAUAAAGAAUUUCCAUACAUUAGAGAAUACAUGGAAUACUUUAAUCCAAUAUAUAAAUGGAUUGAAGAUGAUGAUGAACCAUUUGAUCAGGAAAAGGGAAAGAAACUCCUGAAGGAAGCUGAUGAUAUUCAUCAAACAUUUAUAGAACAACAGAAAGCUGAGCAAUUUAAGUAUGUUUUACCUAAUUUAAAAUUGAAGAAGCCCAUUACAAAGCUUACUUGGAAUUCUGUAGGUGAUUCUCUUGUACACAUGCAUCGAUACAUGACUGAAAACAGUUUCAGUCAUGCCUGUUUUAUUGAGCUGGUUUAUGAAAAGGCUGAAAUUGAAGAAAAAAUGGAAGUGUCUGAGAUAGAUCUCAAGGAGGUUGAAGCAACAGAAAGCAAAGUGGAUGAUAACAACACAGAUACAGAGAAGAAUAUGGAAAAUGUGUCUGAAAAUGAAAAUAAUGAAUUAUCUGAUAAACAGGUUACAGAUACAGAGAAAGUCGAAAGUGAUGUCGAAAUUGUUGCAACAGAAUCUGCCACCGACACUACAAGAGAAACUAAAGCACAAAAGAAAACUCCAGUUCGACGUCGCGGGAGUGCACUUAGUUUUUUAGAACAGUGGGAGUGGUGCAACAAACGACGAUCCGGGCGAAAAAAACCGAGCAACAAACAAGACCGUUAUGACGAUAACAUUUAUGAUACUUUGAGGAGAAUGGUGCCUGUAGCAUUAGCUCCUGAGAUGAUACAGAAAAAAGAAAAUCAAACAAAGGAGACGUCUCCUGACACUGCUGACUUAGAUAAAUUAUUUGAAGAAAAAGACAAGUCGGAAACAAAAAUUGAAGAAGAAUAUUUUGGUGUUGAUAGUGAGCAGAAAGAUGUCAAAGAAUUCAUUAAUAAAUAUAGGGAAACUAAUAAGGACAUAAUUGACAUAUUGAAAGAUUAUUUAAGUAUUCUUGCUGAGAAAUGGCAUAUGAAAUGGCCUGAAGGCUUACCUAAUGUUUUUGUUGAGGCAAAUAAAUGUUAUAAUACCCACAUUGAUAUUCCAUCUUGCAACGAUGAUAACCACGAGGGAAUGUUACAGUUUACAGCAAUUAAUAUUUUAGCAGAAGAGAUAUCAGUUAACGAAAAGCUUAAUGCAGAGGAGAAGACGGCUCAUGAGUUGGGAAUUAUAGAGUCCAUUGGUGUAAUACUAACUUUGAAACCACAUAUUUUCAACAGCAUACACUAUUUAGAAUACAUACUUAGACAGCUUUGGGUAAAACUUCAUGUCCAUAUCAUAAAUAAGUGUGAGGGGUUUGCCCUUGAUUGUCUCUUUCAACUUUUGGAUGAGUUCGAAGCAAUGGGAGAUCACCAUGAUAUCUAUAGCUUAAAUGUUACUAAUUUUACAUUCAAACCUCUUAUAAAUGAAGCUGAAAUCUCUGAAUAUAUUAAGUUUUUGGAAAGAAACAAAAAGCUCUCAACUGUUAUGGAACUUUAUGAAAAGGGUAAUUAUGAAGAAGUGUUGUCCAUUGUGAUAGAUUCAUUUGAACAUUGUAAAGAUAUGGCUAGAACCCAAGAGGAAGAAAUAUCUUUGGAUUUUGCUGUCCAAAUAUCAAUUAUUUUAGAUGCUUGCUGGGCUUUGGACAAAGUAGACUGUUGCUUCAAAUGGUCAUUGAUAUGCUUACAUGAAGCUUUAAAAAAUUAUUUUCGAUUUACUUCUGGAUCUAAAGAUUAUGACAAAUGGACUCUUACUGUUGUUAAAAUUCUUUCAUGCAUGGAACACAUUCUCAGCACUGAAGGGCUGACUUGUUUGGAAGCUGUUUCCCAAAAAGAAUUAAGUCAAGUUUUAGAGGAUCUUAUUAGAAUAAUAGGUCACCAAGUUGAAACAAACACAACAGAAAUGCCAUUUGGUACUAUCGCCCCUUGGAUUAUUAUGCACUACAUAUUGCAAAGGGAGGAGGAUCAAGGAAGGGGUAGAACUAUUUCAGACAAUGACAGAGUUGCAUGUGAUGAAGUGCCCAAUCCAUUAAUGAUAUUAUUUAUUGGUCAUGAACAAUUAGGAAACAGGGGUUGGUGCUGUAAUUCAGAUGGAAAACUUUUGUAUUUUACUUUGGAUACAGUAGUACCACGUUUACGAUCCCCAUCAUUGUCAAAAUCCCUGGAACUUGUGUGUCAAUAUAUGGAACAAUGUGUAUACUGUCUGUUUGGUCAUCCUGGUAGGAAGAAUAAAUUCAAGUAUUUAGUCGACCAUAAUGUUACUUCAUAUUCUUUGGAUUGGAAAAGAGCUCAGCAGUUGUAUGAGAUAUUCAGACCCCAUAUACUGCCAGCUCUUGAAGGCAAAGUGUCUGGUAUUACAGUUGAUGUAGAACAGUUGUUUCAUCGCAUUCUUGCGCUUUUGCCACCAGAAUGUGAUCCAACUAAAUAUCUACCUGAAAUGGAGAAAUAUAUUAAAGGUGUUGAAAAUAAACUGCCGGCCGUUCCUCCACUUCUGCCAUACAAAAUGAAAGAUAUUUACUUUUUAUUAGGUGAUUAUUAUUUCAAAAAAGAAGAAGGCAAAAUGGCGGUUAAAUUUAAUAUGUUGGACGUGAUCUUAAAUAAUGAUAGACUGGAGUCAUGGGCGGAAAUAUCCCUCGCGAAAGCCGUGAAUUUGGAAAGAGUGUUAAAUUCAUGUAAAAACCUGAACAAUGAAAGGGAAUUCCUCAAUCACGCUAAAUCAACAAUACGGUGUUUUAAACGUUCCUUGGACUUGGACCCCACGCAUUGCGAUAUGUGGUUAGAAUACGGAAAUUUCGUGUAUACCGUCCAUUCCUUCUGUUCUAGGUUAUUAAAACAAGCUAGUGAAUCUCUAAGUAUGGAAGAUUUCGAGUCGUUGGAAAAGCAAAAAGAGGAUAUGUUGGAUACAACAUACAAAUGUUUUCACACAGUUUUGAAUGACCUUAAUGGUAGCAAUGAUUCAGACAAAAUAAAUGAGAAUUCUUGGUUGCUAUACUACAUGUUGGGAAAAGUAGCUGAAAAGCGAAAUAAACCACCGUCAGUUUAUUUAGAUUUUUACAUGCAGGGCGUUAAAAGCUUACAUGAAACUGGCGCAACUUAUCCUUUAAAAAUAAAUUACAAUACACCAACACAUUUAUGUAUAGAAGUGUUGGAACUUCAUUACCGGAUACAUGCUUCAAUUCUUAAAUAUAUCGAACAACAUGAAAAUAAACCUAUUCCAGUAUCAGUUGGUAAGGUAUUUUUAGCAUGCAUUGAUAAAUGGCAAAAUGGGCCUUUUACGAAAAAGCCUAAAAAAGACAUCGCUGGUGAAGAUUGUAAUUCAAAAACUGAGGAACCAAUACAAGCUGCUAAUAUACUGAAGCGCUCUAUAAGUGAUGCUGGCGAAGAAGAUACACAUGAAGCUAAAAAGCUUAAACUUGAGGCUGCGGCUGCUAAAGUUAGACGAUCGGCUUCUUACGAUACCGAAAGGAUAUCAUCUAAAGAGUUGUCAAAUACCACAACCGAAAAGGUAACUAAAACUGUAGACCUUGCGCUGGUCCCAGUGUCAAGUGAAGUUAUUAGCAAAGAAAAUGAACAAGAAAUACCUGUAGAAGUUGUUAAAGAUACAAAGACCUCUAACGAUAAAGAAAAGGCGGAGAAAAUGGAAAUUUCAGACAAAGUGGAUAAGCCAUCUCCUGAAACUGACCAGGAAUUGGUCAGUAAUAAGAAGGAAGAUACAUCCAGUAGUUCUUCAACUAGUUCAUCAUCAGACUCAAGUUCUAGUGAGUCUUCAUCAGACAGUAGUAGUGAUUCAAGUAGAGACAGUGACAGUUCCAGCAUAUCGUCAAAUGAUACAAAACAACUUACAGAUGAAGAAAUCAUGAAGAUUGUUUCUGCCUGUUUAGAUGCAUUGGAAGACUGUGCAAGUCGUUUUCCCCCGCAUUAUAAAGCUAUUUACAGACUAGCUCAUUACCACUUUUAUUAUAAAAAAGGAAAGGACAUAGAAAGAUGCAGAGAUCUUAUGCUAUCAAAUUUUACAUUAAGGUGUGGUCAAAAACUUGGUGGACUCUUUAGUGAAAGGAAGCAUUCGAAUUUUUUCAACAAUAUCUGGAAGAUACCAUCAGCUGAAGUGGACAGGGCUGGCAGUUUUGCAUUUCACAUGAAUCGUUCAGUAAUGCUCACAAUGGAAAUAUUAAAAGAGAUUGAUGAUCACAAAACAUUGCUUGACUUAAGCUUGCAUCUCCAGAGGAUACCAGAACCGGACAAGAAAUAUUUACGUGAUUCGGACAGGGAGGAACUGGCGCAACAAGCCUUCUCUCUUUGCGUUCAGUCACUUAAAGGGCAAUUGUUAAAAUUUAGUCAACAAGCAGAUUUAAAAAGCAAUGAAGUUGAGCGUCAAACUCUUAAGAGCUUGAUGCUCGAUAUAUAUAGAGCAUAUCAAAGAGCACAGAAACAACCUAAUUCGAAACAGUUCACAAAUUUAUUAGUAGAAGCCUAUAAAUUAGUUACUACCACACCUAUUGCAGAAAAUGCUAAUUUAGUCGAUCUUAGUAUGAAAUAUUGCCAAUCAAUAAUUCAGACAUUAAAGCAACAAGCCACAAUGGCCAGCUUGGACAAAAGCCAGAAUCAGCAAAAGAAACAAACUGCUAAAGCAACUGAAGUUGUAAAGGCCACACCCGCAGGGACAACCAGUCAACCAAAAACUGACAAACAACCAAAUCAACAACCAUCUGCAUCUGGCUUACCGAAGAUUUCACCGCACGACAUGGCAGCGGCUUUUCAAAGCUAUGUUCCCAUGUUAAAUGACCAGUUACUCUCCCAACAGACUGCUGCGGCCUUAUCUUUGUCAUAUUUGAGCAACAUGAGCGCCUUAGCUGGUUACACAUCUUUACAAAACUCUUUGCAAUCAUCUCUACAGAGUAGCUUUCAAAGCUCCUUUCAGGCGGAAUUCUAUCGACAGUUCAUGGGACAAGGUUUUCCUUCAUUCAACAUACCGCCGCCGAAAAAGCAAAAGCGUGGGCCGAAACCAUCCUCCAGCACCAGACCUGCAGUCACCACAGCUUCAAUGAAAACGUCUAAAUCGUUUAGCUCAUCUUCCUUGCCGUCGUCGGCUAAAUCUGCACCAACUUCUGUGAUUACCAGUUUACAGAAGUCCGUGUCUACGACUUUAACACCCAGCAUGGGAUCAGUGUUACAAACUUUACCCCCUUCGAUGUCAGCUAAUGUUUCUUCCUUCGGUGCCGCUCAUACGUCGUCGCAUUCAAGUAGUCACAAUUCACUACCCGCGCAAGCUCACAUGUCUAAUGCUUCUUCAGUAAACGCUCCUGUACACUCAAAACCACCAAUGCCACACCAGCAAGUCAGCCCUGGUAAAACAUUGCAGGAAAAGUUGGCGGAGCGGCAGAAACACAUGCCAGCGGGGAAGAAUGUAGCCAAAGAGAUAAAUGCAUCUAUAAGUAGACUACCAUCAUCGCUCACAAUCACAAAGACGUCUGUGCCGAAGCCAUCCGUUAUUCAAAGCAAAAAACCAGAGGCAAAGAAGGCCUUGUCGUUUAGUGAGAGUGAAAGACCUAAGCCUAUCUCUUCAGAUGAAGUAAUUGUUUUAGAUGAUGAUUAA